AUGUUCUCCGCCGCAAGGCGUCGAGGUGACAACAGCGUGUCGACUCUGGGAGUCGACACGCACUCGAAAUCAGAAUCGAGGAAGUUCUCCGCCGUGAGGCGUCGAGGUGACAACGGUGUGUCAGCUCUGGGAGUUGCGACACACUGCUCCGCCGAAAGGCGUAGAGCCGGACUGCACGAAGCAGGGCGCGAUCAAGCCGGGCUUGAUGACGCGUGCCCGCGGGUACAAGAACCCGCCGGCGGUCGCCCGCAGACUAGAAUGUCUGCCGGCAGAAUCAAGGAACGUUCGUCCAUGGCCGGGCCUGGACGAAACGCAAGUGAAUCAGGGAUUUACAAGAAGAAGCGACGGCGCAAGCACAAGACGUUGCGCAAGUCUCGGUCGGGGACCGAGACUCUUCAUGGCAUGUCUGCCGGGCAGACACAAGUAGCAACAAUGGCCGUCGAGACGUUGAACGUCUUGACGCGGGCCUGUACUGGGUAUCAGUACGAGAAGAUGGAGUUGGAGAACCCUCCGACUGAUGCGUCGGAGUUGAUCUCGCUUCCAGUCAUGAGCUGGAAGCGCUUCGCAAAGGACUACGAUGGACGCAUCGAACAGCUAUGCAUUCUUUCGGAACGCGAAAGAAUGACAAGCGAAGCAGAAGAGUUGAGGCAACUCUUCGCAGGAAGCGCCACUGAGAGCGAGGAUACUCUCAGUGCCAAGACCAAGAAGGAACGCUUCGAGGAGCAGAGUUGGGACUCACUGAAGUUGAGUCCCUAUUACGAGAUUCUACGAGAGCACAAGGACGUGCUUCCGGACGAGAUCCCUGCGGAGCUUCCGCAAGACAGGGAAUACAGCACGAGAUUGAUCUCGUGCCGGGAUCGAAGUAUUUGGCCACUGCCGCGGGAGCAAGUGAAGGCAAUCGACGACUUCUUCGAAAGUCGUCGCAAGGCAGGACAAGUGCGGGAAUCAAAAUCUCCGCACAGCGCACCGACGUUCUGUGUCAAGAAGCCUCAGGGUGGUUGA